UCCAGUCAUUUUUCCCCACAAUAUAAAGACACAAAUACAGGACAGAUGUUUCACUCAAAUCACACAAAAGGCUUCCACAUAAACACACUUCACAGCCCCGCCUCCAAACACACAUGCAUGCAUACAGACACACACCUCACUACCACAGCCCCCACCUGUGUGAUUUGCCUGUAAAGAAAAGAGUGUACACACACACACACACACACACACACACAGACUCGGUUGCACACCUAAGUGUUUAUCCUUAAAGAAUGUGUGUGUGUGUGUAUACACUCUUUUCUUUACAGGCAAAUCACCCAGGUGAGGGCCAUUAUAAUGAGGUGUGUGUGUGUGUGUGUGUGUGUGUGUGUGCAUGUGUGUUUGGGGCAGGGUUGUAAGGUGUGUCUGUGUUAUAACGUCCUCACUGCACCAGGAACUGCACACUGAUUCUUCUGAGCUUCUUCCUGAGAGUGUGUGUGAUAGUGUAUAUGAUGAGUAUGUAUGGGUGUUUGUAAAUGUGUGUGCAUGUUGUGUGUAUGAGUGUUUGUAAAUAUUUGUGAGUGCGUAUGAGUGUUUGUAAGUGUGUGCAUGUGUUGUGUGUGAGUAAUGGAGGUUUCCAUGGCGACCCUGUUGGUGUCUCUGUGGAUGAAGACGUUAUUGAACUGGGUGGUGUUGGUGGUGCAGAAGGGUCAUGUGGGGCGGAGCUUCUGGGGCGUGUUCUGCGUAUCAGUGGCGUUGGGCGACGCCCUUCUGCACCUGAGUGUCACCUGCGUGUUCCUGGCACAGGACGUUACGGUGUUCGGGCUGCACCUCACAAAGUACCACGUGUGUGUUCUGGUGCAGGCGGCGUGUUCCAUCCAGGGGGUUCUGCACUGGCCCUUCUUCAUCCUCUCUGGACUGGAUAUCGUGUGGAGCACACGCCGUGCCUGUCCUCGUCCCGUGCAAAUGCUCGUCCACAUCACUGUCGUGUUCCUGCUGUGGACUCUGGCCGUGUUGUACGUCUUCACUGUCCCCGAUUCCCAUCCGCUCACGAGAGACGAGGAUGAUCAUGUCACCCUGCAGCGGUGUCACGUGACAGACGGGGCUCAGAGCCGGCAGGUGGCCUGGGCGUCGUUGCUGACGCUGGUGGGCGUGGCCUGCUACAUACACUCAGUGAGGAGAACGAAUGCUGAACAUCUGAGGGACUGUGUGUGUCACUUCCUGUCCACCUGGAGCUCCUUUCUGCUCCUGCUGCUCUUCAUCUUGGUGUCCGGGACAGAAGUUCCUCCAUACCUGGACAUGAACUGUGUGUGGCUGUGUUUCAUUCACAGUCUGCACACUGCAGUGGCCCUGAGGAGCUGCGCCUGCGUUUUCUGCACUCACACGCAGGACGACACGUGGAAGAGCCUCACACAUCUCACACAAGUCUGCUUCCUGACGGACAAAUCGAGUUUCACUGCAGAAACACUUUCAGCGCAGACGCUUCACACUCAGAGACUUGCCUGAUCACACACAUGGAUAGUGUGCACUACAGAUUAGUGUCAUAUGAUGUCAUCAUCAUCAUCAUUGUUAUGAGUAUGACGAUGAUGUGAGGCUGACGUGAUGUCACCCCUUCUUCCUAUGCACUAUCUUUUGGAUUAAUAUUGUUGUAAUGGUGAUGUACGUGAUUUUGGAUGUAAUUGAAUUUUUCAUGGCAUAUUGUUGUCUGCUGUGGAGCACUUCCAGAUCCUGGAACAUUACCACAUCUAUACAUUUUUCUUAACAACAGAAUGAUAGAGUUCACGAGAGAAAAUGUGAAUAAAUGAUGUUUGAGUCUGUAAAUAUUUUCAAUAUGUUGCUGUAAUUUGGCUUUUACAGCUGGCUAGUACACUCUAACUCCACUCACUGAGCUUCUCACCUGACCCACUAUAUAUAUA